UGACAAGUUUUACUUUUUCUUAAUGUUUUUGGAGCAGUUUUUUAGAGAAAAAUGAAGAUUUUUUGCUCUGAUUAUUUGAACGCAUAGUUGAAGUUUUAGUCAUUUCAAAUUAUUUUUUUUGCUAUCUUUUUUAGUUCGCUAGCAUAAUUUCUUCAAACCUUCAUAAAAAAAAUGUUGCAAAGAAAUUAAAAAUAAAUAGUUUUUAUAUGAAGUUGACCAUAAACUGUAAUCGACAAGUGGUAUGGAGGAUAAAAAUGCGAAUUCGUUUAUUGGCUUCUAUAUUUCUCUAUCUUGCAGUAAUAACAGUGUUUAUGAAGGUGAAGUAAGUCAUAUUGAUUUUUCAAAACAGUUAAUAACACUUAUUCAUGCUCAUCAGUUGUUUCCUGAUGGAACAAGCUUGAAGUUUCCCAGAAUAACACUAACUCGUAAUCACAUUCAAAAUUUGAAAAUACUACGCGAAAAAAUAAAAGUAACCGAUGAACCUAAACAAUCAAAAUGUUUUGAAAUGAAUGGGCAAAAUAACAAAAUUCCAAGAGACUCGAAUAAAAAUUUCUCUUUGUACAAAAAAGAAAAGUUGAAGUCCCAAAGUUUGAAUUUGGAUCAAGUCGAACUUUACCCUGAUUUUGAUUUUGAAAAAAAUUUAGCUAAAUUUGAUAAACGUGCAGUAUAUGAGCAAAUGAUUCAAAACUCUGAAGAAUCUCUUCCUAAUGGGAUACCUAGUUAUGAUAAAAAAAUGAAAUGUCAGGAAAACAUUCUUGAGAGUCAACCUUUAUCUUUAAGACAUAUCAAAGUACCAUUAGAACAUGCAGGAAAAGAAUAUUCAACUGAAGAUGGAUUCAUUGUCCCAGCGAUAACACAAGCUUUAAAAAAAAAACUUUUUGCAGAGGCAGUAAAUGCAGGUCUCACUAUCCAGCAAAUUAUUGAAAAUGCUGGUAUAUGUGUAUGUCAAAUGACUCUUCAACUGGUAGGUGGAUCUCUUCGUAUAAAUCCCAAUAAUAACCACCAGCGACCUCUUAUUGUUGUUUUAGCUGGUUCUCACACACAAGGUAUGCAAGCUAUAUGUACUGCUAGACAUUUAGUUAACCAUACUGUAAAAGUUGUUCUUUAUUUACCAGAAAAAACUCCUAAUAUAAAAUCUCAACUAGACUUAUUUCUUAAAUCAGGAGGAAAGGUUAUUCAUUCUUAUAAAGAUUUACCUACAAAGCCUGUUGAUUUGGUUAUAGAUGCAAUGGUGGGACUAGAAAGCAAUUCAAAAAACUUUGAUUGGCUUCCGUAUGCUAUCUCGUGGGCUAAUCAAAACAAGGCACCAUUGUUAGCAAUUGACCCUUGCUUGGUUCAGUCAUCCUUAGAAGCUCCUGAUAUAAAAUGGACAAUGGCAAUGGGUUUACCAAUGAUUAAUUUACCAAAAAGUAGUCGUAUUUUUUUGGCAGAUGUUGGUAUUCCCAAAGGCAUUUUUGCUGAUGUAGGGAUUCAAUACAUAUCACCAUUUAAAGAUAAAUUUUACAUUCCAAUUUAUGAAUGCUGAAAUUUGUUUAUAUGAUUUUAAAGGUUUUAAUAAAUUCCUUGUCUUAUUAA